AAAGAAGUAGGUGUCCUUUAUUUUCAGUGUAUCAGUACCCAAAAGCAAAAGGGAUCAGUGACCUCACAUGGCGAUCUUCACUUCAUUUCUGCCCAUAAAUACCCACAAUACCCACGAAGCAAAAUCACAACAAGAUCAUCAAUCCCUUCCUUUCCAUUUUGCAUAGACAGACCCCACUUCUAUUGAGCAGAAAGGAAACAUCAUUCAACAGUAGAUCACGAUCAUUCUUAACAGCUCGCCUCGCAAUUGAGGGCUCUUAGUCCUUGAACCGAAACUCUGAUUUUCUCGCACCCUUCUCUUUCUUUCUUCUAUUUUCUACUUCUUUUUCCGUCUAUUUCUUAAUCCUCAUUUCCCGAAAACCUUCAAUAGCUGCUGUUGUUAAUGGAGAAAACGUGAGAUUCAGAAAUAUUACUGGGUGGAACACUCAUGGCGUCUGAUCUUGACAAAGAAGAACCCCCUGACCCUGAGCAAACCAGAAAACAACACAGAUGUGCAGAAAUACUACAUAUAAAACGAGAAAAGAGAAAAGUUUCUUCACACAUAUAUGAAGGAGGAAGAAGAGAAGGAACUGGUUCAAGGACCUUGAAGCUGUUUGCGAAAAUGUCUGAAAUCUGCGGAUCACCUCUGCAACCCUCUGUAGCAGAAGAGGUGGACCAAACGGCUGCACCAUUUAAUAAAAAAUAUGUUUGUUUUUUAACGUCUGCAUAUUGCUACAAUACUGGAAUGAAGUUGGACAAAAGUUUAACGGUGACAUUAUGGAAAAGUCUCAAUGAUCCAGGAACUGGAAGCUACCUAUUUCGGCAAGAUGAAAGAGGCAACCAAUACUUCGUUAUUAUGAAAGAUACAACAUAUCAUUGGAAAAGCAGAAACCCAAAGAACGGCUUUGAUGACAGCAAAAUGUUCCCCGAGGCUGUGAGUUUGCUAUCAAACACAACCACAGGAGAUCAACAUGCCAUUUACAAUAUUUUAGUUGGCGAAAAGCGAGUAAACAAUGGGUUUUGGAAUGGGAAGCGCCUAGAGAUUGUUGUAGCGAAUACCCGUGCUUUACAUAGGGAUCAUAAGGUUGGAUGCAAGAGAAAAUCUGAAAUAUGUGAGAAUACUACAGAUACAUUCGUGAAUCUUACUAUGAUUAGUGUUGGUGUUACAUAUGUGACCUUCCAAAAAUCAAAUAACAAGUCUGGCAGACAUAAUAUCUCCAUCCGUGUUUCUGCAGGGCAUCAAGUCAAAGGGCGAUCAGAAUUUCAAAAACUUGUUGUUCCUCUCGUUGUUGGUCUUUCUGUUUUGGGGGUUACAAUCUUGUGUGUGGUUGUGUAUAUUUCUUAUACCAGAUUGGUGAAUAGAAUAGCAAAGGACAGACGUAGGAUUGAACUUGAGUCCAACAAUAUGAGCAAAACAUGCCAUUGUCAAAUGUGAUCUUGAUGCUGGGAAGUGAACCCGACACCCUCCCAACUUCAACCGAUCCAACUCAUGACUCACAAAAGGAUCAUGCCAUUGCCUCUUCCUCUGGUUUGCCUAAAGAAGACCCACAAUUUAGCAAAAACAUGACGGAAAUUACUAUAUUACACCUUCGUUGAUACUUUUUUACACCCUCCAGAUAUAUAUAUAUAUAUAUUAGAAUGACC